AUGCGAACGACCAUGCCUCCUGACGAAGACGGAGGAGAUUCGAGUGAUGUGGACAGGAAGAAGGAUAAUCCUGGACUCAGUUCUGCGAAGACAUCCAAAAGACUUAAUCAGAUUGACUGUGUUCGAGCCAAUGGGGUUGGCGAUCAUAUAGCACUACCCCAGCUGGCAGUGUGUGGUGAUCAGUCGGCGGGGAAAAGCUCUGUUCUUGAAGGUAUCACCGGAUACCCUUUCCCCCGAAAAGAUGGCCUCUGUACACAGUUCCCUACCGAGAUAGUACUGCGCCAUGACACCCAAGCCAGUAUGAUGACGGCAAGUCUUCUGCCGAGCCAAUCACGUUCUCCCGAGGAGAAAAAAAAGUUCUCGGGGUUUCAACGCGAGUUUCAAGAUUUCAACGAAUUACCGGCAAUAAUCCGCGAAGCUUCAAUUUACAUGGGAGUUCGAGGAUUCAGCGAAUUUGCCGAUGCACCUGCUUUUGCCGCAGAUGUUCUUCGACUUGAACUGGUCGGCAAUACCGGGCUUCACUUGACUCUAGUUGAUCUGCCGGGAUUGAUAUCGGUCUCGGAGGACGAAGAAGACGUUGAGAUUGUGCAGGGGCUGGUUGAUUCGUAUCUAGAAAGUUCUCGCACGAUUAUACUUGCUGUUAUCCCGGCUAGUAGCGAUGCAGAGACUCAACGCAUUAUUCAAAGAGCGCGUCAUUUUGACAAAGAGGGCGUGAGGACUGUCGGAAUCAUCACGAAGCCCGACCUCAUCAACAAUAACACUGAAGAAAGAGUGGCUCGUUUGGCAAAGAAUCUCGACCGCACCAAGCUGAAUCUUGGCUUUUUUCUCGUCAAAAACCCUUCCCCCGAUGAACUAGCGCACGGAAUGAGUUUUCAGCAGCGCCAUCGAGCGGAAAUGGAGUUCUUUUCUAAUCAACGCUGGAAGGCCCAGGGAAUUGAUCCUGCCCGAAUCGGGAUGAUCAACUUACGUUCGUUUCUGGAAGAUUUGCUGGAUAGCCAUAUCGAACGAGAAUUGCCGAAGGUUCUGCAGGAGGCCCGACGUUUACUACGUCGAGUAGAUAAUGAACUUAUCGAUCUUGGAAUUGAAAGAUCAAACGCCGCGCAAAUUCGUGUGUUUCUCACACAGGUCAGCACUGAAUUCUCUGGCAUUGUCAAGAAUGGCCUGGAGGGCAACUAUGAUAGCUGGGACGGCGAUUUUUUUGCACUCGGUCCAGAAAGUUGCCGUCUACGCGCUGCCAUUCACAGGGAAAACGAGCAUUUUGCCAACUACAUGAGGAACCACGGCCAAAGGAGGAAAGUUGUCUCUGGGGAUAGCGAUGAUGACUUGGGAGAGGAAAGCGAAAACGGAGACAACGAAGAAAAUGAGGAAGACCAAAAUGAAGAGCAAUUGGUUACAGAAAAGGAAAUGUUUGUAUGGAUUAAAGAGAUGUAUCGCCAAACCAGAGGUCGGGAAUUACCAGGGAAUUACAACCAUUCUCUCCUUCAACGUUUGUUUCACAUCCAAUCAGGUCGCUGGAAGCAAAUCUCUCAAGCCCACAUUGGUUCUGUCGUGAGCUUAGUGACUCAGUUCGUUCGCCGGGCUUUGAAAUUUGUAGUAACAGAUGCUGGAGUCCACGACAAAUUGCAGAAGCACAUUAUGGCUACAUUUGAUGGGAAUACCGACGAUGCUCACGAAGAACUGGUCAAGCUUAUCCAAGAUGAACGUGGUCACCCGAUUACCUACAAUCACUACUAUACCGACAAUAUUCAGAAAGCACGGCAUGACGAAGCAAAGGACAGCAUUCGAACCUCCGUCAAAAAAGCGGCGGAGUCAGAUUGGGGUGGCAAUGUUCACUUCAGCAAUACUCCCUAUGAGAUGAAUCGAAUGAUUCUAGCUCUGCAGAAGCGUGUGGAGGUGAAUAUGGUUGACAGAGCUUGUUCUGAGGCAUUGACCGAUCUGAACGCAUAUUACAAGGUUUCCAUGAAAACAUUCGUUGAUAAUGUGUGCCGACAAGUGAUUGAGAGGCAUAUUCUAGCCAAACUGGGAGCAGCAUUUAGCCCAACAGUUGUGAGUAAGUUUUCAGACGAAGAUCUAAUACGCCUUGCUAGCGAGUCUCAGACAACUAGCCGCCAGCGACUUGAGACGAUACAUUUGAAGCAGAAACUGGAGGCAAGUCUGCGAGAAUUGUCCACUUAA